UCGGCACCGCCGGCAUCGCCGCCACCAUCGCCGCCACCGGCACCGCCACCGGCACCGCCACCGGCAUGGCCCUGCGGGCGCUGUGGCUCCUCAGGCGCGACCCCGCGGCCGGCGGCGCCGUGCUCUUCUCCAGGCGCUACCCCACGGUCGAGCUGCGUGCCGAGACCUUCAGCAGCUCCACGCACGUCCCCAUCCCCUCGCACAGCCUUAAGGCCCUGCUCUUGGAGCUGAGGCUGGUGGACGAGCACGUUUUCGUGGAGCAGCGGGACACCUGCACCAGGAUCAACACGUCCACCGCCGCCGGGGAGCUCUGGCCCGUGCUGGCCUUCUGCAAGAGCGGCCUCAUCUACGGCUGCGUCCCGCUGGUGGAGGGGACCCUGGAGCCACGGCCACCCCUCCUCACUGUCAGCGGGCUCUCACAGGGAUUGGCUCUGCUGGGCAUCAUGCACUACGUCUCUCCCAGCCGGAAAAACGAGGCUGAGCUGAGCAGCAAGGUCAGGCAGCUCCGAAAUCUGCUGAUCCAGGCCUGUCCCCUGGGCGCCCCCUAAACACCAACAUCCGCAGCCUGAGCAGCUCCUUCAAGGACAUCCAGGAGAUGCCUGCAGAUAAGGAGCAGCCAACCUGGAGAUCCCUGGAGAUCCAGCACCUACAAGGGCAAACCUCAGGUUCAUGUCGGCAUCACUGAGAAGGUCAAGUGUAUGCAGUAUGAGUGGAGGGAUGUGGUGGAUACGUGGCAAGUUUAUGGAGCUGUGAACUGGAAGUGUGACACAGAGGGAUCUGCACCAAACGUCACCCUCAGCCUGACCCUCCCAAUGAGUGCCCUGCUCCAAGACUUCGUGGUCCAUCACUGUGUGAGCUCCGUGGACCCUGCCAUGCUCAUGUCCACCAGUGCUGAGCCUCUGCAUGAUUCUGUGCACAAUGGACCUUACAAACUCCCUUUCAUUCCUCCUUCAGAUUCCUUCAACCUCUGUUACUACACUUCCCAGGUUCCUGUUCCACCAAUUUUGGGAUGUUAUCAACUCGUUGAAGAGGGAUCACAGAUAAAAAUAGUUAAUUUAAAGCUCCAUGAAAGCAUAAAGAAUUAUUUUGAGUACUGUGAAGCUCAUAUACCUUUCUUCAACAGGGGCCCCACUGCUCAGUUAGAGUACAAAGUUAGUUAUGGCCAGCUGGAUUUGUCCCGGGAGAAGAGCCUCCUGCUUUGGGUCAUUGGACAGAAGUUCCCCAAAUCUUUGGAGGUUUCCCUGACUGGAAAUGUGUCUUUUGGCACCGCAGGCAAAGAGCACCCAACUGAUUAUGUGUGCACUGGGAACACUGCUUAUGUAAAACUGUAUUUUAGGAUCCCAGACUUUACACUUACUGGAUGUUACAUAGACCAGCAUUCUGUUCAGAUUUUCGUUCCAGGGAAGCCCAAAAUUACUGCAUCCUGGGAAUUAAUUUCUUCUGAUUACUACAUCUGGAAUUCCAAAGCACCAGCACCUAUGGUGUACAAACCCUUACUUGACUAAUGUACUUGGGAAUGAUUUUUAUAUUUAAACAAAGCACAAUGUUAAUUAGAUUUAUGUCAUGAUACAGUAAAAUAAAUAUUCUUCAUCACUUUUGUUUUCUUCGUGUUCUUAAAAAUUUCUGUUGGUGGAAAAGAAGAGGUCACUUGUCUUAAAAACGUGAGUUGGGCUUAAAUUGUUGAGUUCUGGCUGACAGCCUGGAGAGGGCAAUUUGAAAUGUACUUACUGUGGCUGGUUUUACUUUCCCUUCUAACUGAUACAAAAUAAGUACCUGGUGUUACAGGUACAGACAUUGAGAUUCCCACUUACUUCACUGGUUUCCCAUUGCAGGAUGGGAAAGGUUUCAACAUCCUAUUCCUGUCCUAAAGUCACAAGAAUCUCACCAAACUCUAGAUUCAGAGAACAGUUCAAAGCAGAAGCUCUGUUAUUUUUACAAGAUGCGUACAGAAUACACACCAGUCAAUAACUACAAGGAUUUUCAAGAGGAGGAGUAUGGCAUGAGCAGCACUUCUGAAAGUGGAGGCAAUUUUACUGAAGGAAUCUUUAUUGCCUCUGCCAGCAGAAGUGGUGAGUUCCCUUGCACACAUGCCUGUGAACUGCUUGCUCUGGAAGCAGAGGUGUGAACUGGGUUUUUCAGCUCACAGGACUGGUUCUGAGGAGGCAAAAACAGCAACAUUUGCUGGAAGAUCCAGAAACCUUCACUGAGCUGCUUUUCCUGGAAAAGCAAGUGGAAAAAGUCUCAAUGUACAGAUGCAAACCUGUCAUUUUGAGAUCUGCAGAAACACUGGGAAUGGACCUUAGGAGAGUUAUCAGGAAAUGUGCAGAUUCUGAAGGGCUGGUGAGGAGGUGCCAGAACCUGGAGAGCACAAAAGCAGGGGAUGCUGAUUCCUAACAGAGCUGCUCCUGCCCUGCCUUGUGUUUCACUGUGCUCUGUGGGGUAACUCAGAUCAGGAACUGUGCAAGGAGGGAAUUUUAAGCUAUAAUCUGAAAAAUCUUUAGAUUGAUAGAGUAAUCUGUUGGGUUGGUUAAAUGUUCUAGAGGGUGGAUUCGUUCCUGUGAGAUGCUGUUGAGCUGAAAAUGCUGUGCAAACUUAGAGAACAGAGCUGUGCCCUGUCUCACACAGGUGAUGUGUCUGUUUUUUUAGCAGCAAAAGGUGAGUUUGUGAUUCUACCCAUGGCCCAGCCUGUCCCUGCUGGAGUUGUCCACAUCUGGACACCACGGUGUGAGUGGGAAGAGGAGCUCUCUGCUGGAAGAGUUUGGAGCCUGUUCUGGACACCAGGCCACGGGCUUUGGCUUCCACCUGCCCAUGAGAAAGGUGGUAGCUCUGUUCUGCACAGCAGCUCUCUGCAGGAAUGGCUUUUCUUACUCAAACACUCCCUAGUAAAUUCUGGGAAGCAAUGGCACUGCCUAAAUUCAUGGUAUCUUGGCACUUAAUAGAAGAGGAUUCUUCUAAAUCCUGAUCCUUUGCGUUUUCCUCUUGCCCGUGUCUCUGACUCUCUCAUGGCAUUCCUUUAGCUCUUUAAUAAAAUAAACAAGUUUUUAAUAGAA